GUUCGGGUGUGUUUUGUGUGGAUACGGGUGAGUUUUGGGUGCGUUUGUGGGUAUUUUAGGACAGUCUGGGUGUGUUUUGGGGUGUUUUAAGUGUGUUUUGGGCCGUUUUCAGUGUUUUGGGAUGUUUUAAGUGUGUUUUGGGAUGUUGUGGAUGAGUUUGAGUGUGUUUUGGGUAGGUACGGUGUGUUUUGGAUGCGUUUUAAGUCAAUUUGGGUGAGUUUUGGAGUAUUUUAAGUGUGUUUGGGGAUAUGGCAGUACAGGCCGCGGACAUCAAAGAGAAGAAGAACACGCGGACAAGCAAGGUGGUAUUCGGCAGUCUGAUCCUGGACCUGCUCGGCUUCACGGUGGUGCUGCCUCUGUCUCCUGCUCUCCUCGACUAUUACUCCAAGCACGACUCCAUUGACUUGUAUUCCUCUCUGCUCUCCUGUGUUACUUAUUACCAGCAUAUCAUCGGCGUCCCUGCGAGAACAAUGGCAACCCUCCGAUCCUGCAAGCAAGUUGGCGGCAGCGAUGGCGGUGGCGGUGGCAGUGGUGGUGAGGUGGAAGGCAGGGACAGAGGGGCAGUACAGGCUGCGGACAUCAAAGAGAAGAAGAACACGCGGACAAGCAAGGUGGUAUUCGGCAGUCUGAUCCUGGACCUGCUCGGCUUCACGGUGGUGCUGCCUCUGUCUCCUGCUCUCCUCGACUAUUACUCCAAGCACGACUCCAGUGGCUUGUAUUCCUCUCUGCUCUCCUGUGUUACUUAUUACCAGCAUAUCAUCGGCGUCCCUGCGAGGUUCCAUUCUGUCUUGUUUGGUGGCACUGAUCGGCGUGGCAUUCAGCGUAGGCUUCACCAUCAGGCCAACUGUGGGGGCCGUGUUCUCCCACUGGUGAAGUACUGGGUGGUUCGCGGCCUCAGCUGUCUACACACUCACUCUUGCUGUGGCUAACAUAAUAUUCUUUGCUGUCUUCUUCCAGGAAUCACUGCCUGAGGGCCUAAUGAUGAUGAUUCCUGCUUUCAUCCUCAUCGGGGCUAGCAAGACCAACCUGGGGCUGUACUCUGGACUGACGCUGUAUGCCAUAGGUUCCUCUAUGAUGGUGCCCUGCCUCACUGCCCUCGCCUCCUGUCACGGCGCGGCCUCUCACAAGGGUACCCUGCUAAACUUGAGAAGGAUAAUCAACACAAAGGUGAUUACAAAGCGUUCAUGGAUGACAUGAUUACAAAGGGUUAUGCAGAGGUUGUACCGACAAAGGAUUUAGUUAGGAAUGAUGGUAAGGUCUGGUACAUUAAACAUCAUGGAGUCUAUCAUCCGAGAAAGCCAAAGAAGUUGAGAGUUGUCUUUGACUGUAGUGCAAACUACAGGAACCAGUCAUUAAACAGUCACCUGUUACAAGGCCCAGACCUUACCAACAAACUUAUUGGAGUGUUGUGUAGGUUUAGGCAAGAAAGCAUUGCACUUGUAUGUGAUAUAUAGAAGAACCAUAGAACACAUUAGCAGUCCCUGUACAAAACACACCUGUCAGUUUCCACCUGUCAUCCCUACUACUACUACUACUACUACUACUACUACUACUACUACUACUAAGAACACAAGGGUUAGUGUAGGAAGCCAUCAGGCCUACACGUGGCAGUCCCUGUACAAAACACACCUGUCUGUUUCCACCUGUCAUCCCCACCCGUACCAUUGAUGCUGUCCUUCAAACCUCCCUAUUGACUCAGCACUAACAGCCCCAUUACUGAGUCUGCUCCAGUCACCCACCACUAUUGUGAAGCUGUUUCUUUGCCUUCGUUGUUCGUGAAUCGUGUUGUCUCGUGAACAGAAGAACAAAUUGAAAAAGGUGCUCCUAUUUUCUAUAGUUAUCUCUAAAAUGGUGUUUGUCUUGUCAGUAAACGGUGCUUAGGGUGAAGAAAUAUAUAUUAGCAGAGAAUUAAGAGAUAUUUGAGUUAGAUCUGUGUCAACUAGGAGAGAGAAAAGGAUGGUUAAUUUAAUGUUAUUUUUGGUUAAGAGAGAGAGAGAGAGAGAGAGAGAGAGAAUUUAGUCUUAUUUUCGUUACUAUUGCAUAUUGGACUUAAAAAAUGAGGAGAAAUUAAGAAAAUAUCAAAAGCAUUGAAAUAGAUAGGACAAGAUUUGCUACUGUGAUUUCCUGAGUGACAAUUGUUAUGUAAUAAAACACUUAGAAAGAAAAAAA